AUGGCUUUAGGAAAGACCACCAAGAGAGUCAGGAAGGUAGAGCCGGUUGAUCCGGAGGCGAGAGAGGCAGCCAUCCAAAAGAAGAUCUACAAUUUGGCAAAUGCCAUCAAGAUACCCCCUCCGAUAAAUCAGUUUAAGACACAGCUGCAGGGAUCAGACCUCGACAGGCUCCUGGAUAUCCUGAGAAAGUACAGGCCAGAGACAAAGGACGAGAAGAUCGUGCGCCUCCAGAAGACCAAUCCCAAGGAGGGGCCAAGGCCCAUCAUCUUGAAAUUUGGAUUGAGACACGUUGUGGAUCUCAUUGAGCAGAAGAAGCUUGGUCUUGUUGUGGUUGCAGCCGAUGUUGCACCAAUUACACUGGUCAUAUCCAUUCCAACACUCUGCAAGAAGUUCGGCAUUCCCUAUGCCAUUGUUCCCAGCAAGAGUGUUCUUGGAAGUCUUGUGCAUGUGAAGACCAGUGCUGUUGUUGGAUUGGAAGGUGUCAAGCCCGAGGACCAGAAGGAGUUUGACGAUAUUGUUAGAAUCUGCAAUGCUCUCUUCAUGAGCCAAUAUGAGAAGCACAUGACAACUGUUGGUGGCCGCAUUGCACAGAAAGCUGAGCUCUAA